AUGGAGGUGGCCAGUGUUAUUACUGCGCUUCUUUAUGCCCCAGCUGCUAUAGCUUCGCAAAAUGCCACUAAUAGCUUUGAUGUGCUAGAUCAUGUCGAUCCAUUCAUUGGGACCGCAAAUGGAGGUCACGUUUUCGCAGGCGCAACACUGCCAUUUGGUAUGGCCAAAGCUGUUGCCGACACAGUAGGAGAGAACCAAGCUGGCUUUGCAUAUGACGACUCGACUGUGACGGGUUUCUCGCAUAUGCACGACUCCGGCACAGGUGGCUCGCCAUCUUUGGGUAAUUUCCCCAUCUUUGCCCAGCCUGCCUGUCCGCAUGAUGAUAUCAACCAAUGUGCCUGGCAACAAUCUGACAGAGCUGUGGCCUGGCUGAAAAAUGACCAUUCUCCGGUUGCCCGGCCUGGAUACUUUGGUAUCUCAUUGGAGAAUGGUAUCCAUGCAGAGAUGACGACGACCAACCGAUCGGCUUUGUAUAGAUUCACCUUUGAGCAAUCUUCCAGCGCUUCGCUGAGCCCUGUGAUUUUAGUAGACCUGAUGGAUCUACCGCAGUCACGAACCAAUGGAACUGCAGUUGUGGAUAAAUCCACCGGACGGUUAAGCGGAAAUGGUACUUUUAGCCCCAGCUUCGGCAUUGGAACCUAUGAUCUGCAUUUCUGCGUUGAUUUCAAAGGCGCUGAUCUCCGCGACACGGGUGUUUGGACUAGAAAUCGAGCAAACUUCAGUCAAGAAUUUGUUUCAAUGCUAGCUGACGGCACGAACAGCCCGGCCACUCUAUCAGGUGGUACAUUUGCUAGGUUCCACGCCCCCCAAAAUAACACAAUUUUGGCCCGCGUUGGUGUAAGCUUCAUUAGUGUCAGCCAAGCCUGUGAAAACGCCGAGAAGGAGCAACCUGACUUUGACUUUGAUGGGACAGUGGCAAUAGCUGAAAAUGCUUGGAGGAAGAAGCUGAACGUUGUCUCCAUUGAUGCGGAGGGAGUCUCGAAAGAUCUACAGACGGUUUUCUGGAGCGGAGCUUACAGGUCCUUCAUCAGCCCUCAGGACUACACGGGCGAGAAUCCUCUCUGGAAGAGCGAUGAGCCAUACUAUGACAGCUAUUACUGCAUUUGGGACUCCUAUCGCAGCAUUCACCCACUCUUAACCUUGGUCGAUCCAGUCUCGCAGUCCCUCAUGAUGCGCAGUCUUGUAGACACUUACCGGCAUGAAGGCUAUCUACCUGACUGUCGCAUGUCCCUGUGCAAAGGCUUUACCCAGGGAGGCUCUAACGCGGAUGUAGUCUUGGCAGACGCCUAUCUGAAACAGGUCCCUGGAAUUGAUUGGGAUACUGCCUAUGAGGCUGUUGUUAAGGAUGCCGAAGUUGAGCCCAAAAACUGGAAUGUAGAGGGACGCGGUGGCUUGCACAGCUGGAAAGGCCUUGGGUACAUCCCAUUUGACGACUACGAUCCCUAUGGUGUGGGGACGCAUACUCGAAGCGUAUCGCGAACAGUGGAGUACGCAUACAACGACUUCUGCAUCGCUGAGAUGGCUAAGAGAAUGGGACACUCGGCCGACCACGAGAAAUACGUUGCGCGUUCUGGUAACUGGGACAACGUGUUCAAAGCAGACCAGAAGUCCAGCAUUAAUGGAGUCGAUACUGGUUUCACCGGUUUCCUGCAGCCUCGCUAUACGAACGGUACUUGGGGCUACCAGAAUCCCAUAUUCUGCAGCCCUCUUCUGAACUUUACCUCUUGCUACCUGAACCCUACCGGUCAUGAGACAUAUGAGGGAAGCACUUGGCUGUAUACCUUCUAUGUUCCGCACGAUAUGGGAGCCUUGGUUCAGAGCCUUGGUGGAAUGGAGAGCUUCACCUCUCGACUGCAAUUCUUUCACGAGUCUGGACUUCUGUACGUAGGCGAUGAGCAGUCCUUCCUCACUGUCUUCCAGUUCCACUAUUCCGGACGCCCCGCACUGUCUGCUAAGUACAGCCACUCAUACAUCCCAUCUCAAUUCAACACCACAGUUGAAGGCAUUGCUGGUAACGACGAUAGCGGAGCUAUGGGAUCAUUUGUCGUCUUAAGCAUGAUGGGCCUUUGGCCAGUUCCAGGUCAGGAUGUCUAUCUUAUUACUCCGCCAUAUUUUAGGGAGGUGAACAUCACCAAUGGUAUCACUGGCAAGGUUGCGACAGUCCGGAACGUGAACUUUGACUCCAAUUAUGAAUCAAUCUAUAUUCAAAGUGUCACCUGGAAUGGGAAACCCUGGACGAAGAAUUGGGUCACUCAUGACUUCUUUGCGGAAGGUGGAGUUCUUGAAUUGGAGCUGGGCACGAAGGAGAGCAAAUGGGGAACAAAUAUCAAAGACUUGCCUCCUAGUCUGUCAGACUAUCACGCUUAG